AUGCCUUCUCCCAAGGUAGACACGGAGUCUCCUGUGGCCGAGGAUAUCCACACGGAAGCCCGAACCUCUGGGAGCGAUGGCCCUUUUGACAAGGGCGCGCGCCCCUCCAAUGCGGCCCUUCUUCGGAACCCUCUGACCGGAUUCACUCAUGACGAGCUCAUUAAAGAUGUGGACAGCUUCACAGAGAAGUAUGGGCUGACUGAGCAUCGUGAAGACUUCCGAAAGGGUGCAAUGAUAGCUCAAGUUAGCAACCGUCCCGAUGGGUUCGAAACAGUCACUUCUCUCACAGAUGAGGAGAAGGAAGUGCUCCGAAAGGAGAUAACUCAUCGCUGGCAUCAGCCUUUCAUGCUUUACUUCCUAUGCGCAUUAUGCGCAGGCUCUGCUAUUGUGCAGGGCAUGGAUCAGACAGCCGUUAACGGUGCCCAAGAAUUUUACUAUCUUACGUUCGACAUUACCGACGAACGUAUGAAAGGCUUACUCAACGGCGCUCCAUAUCUCUGCAGCGCACUCUUCGGCUGCUGGACUAGUCCAUAUCUCAACAAGUGGACGGGACGGCGUGGAACAAUCUUCAUUUCCUGCUUCUUUUCCGUUGCAACCGGCUUCUGGAUGGCUGUCGCCGACACCUGGUACAACUUGCUUCUCGCUCGCUUUGGCUUGGGUCUCGCAGUAGGCGCGAAGAGCAGCACUACGCCUGUGUAUAGCGCAGAGAGUACGCCAAAAACCAUUCGCGGCGCGUUGACUAUGAUGUGGCAGAUGUGGACAGCAUUCGGAAUCGCGCUGGGACUAAUUGUCUCUGUCGCCUUCAGCAAUACCGAGUUCCUUGGGGAAAACACGCAGUGGCGUUGGAUGCUGGGUAGCACGUCGCUUCCUCCGUUGAUCGUCAUGAUCCAAGUCUACUUCUGUCCUGAAAGCCCACGUUGGUAUAUGGAGAAGGGCAAAUACCAGAAAGCCUUUCGCUCCAUUUCCAGACUUCGGAACCACCGUAUCCAGGCAACCAGAGACAUGUACUAUGCGCACAAGCUUCUCGAGGUUGAAACGCAGGCUCGUAGCGGUCGAAACUGGAAGGAAUUCUUCACCGUCAGGAGAAACAGACGAGCAGCGACGUUCUCGUACUUCGUUAUGUUUAUGCAACAAUUUUGUGGAAUAAAUGUCGUGAUGUAUUAUUCUACACAAAUAUUCCAAGACGGAGGCUUUCCCAGGUCCGAUGCGCUGCUCACGAGCAUGGGAAUGGGCCUUGUCAACUGGUUAUUUGCGAUACCCGCGUUCUACACCAUCGACACCUUUGGAAGACGCAACUUACUGCUGGUCACGUUCCCACUGAUGGCUAUAUCCCUAAUCUUUACCGGUUUCAGUUUCUAUAUUGCAGAAGGUACGGCACGGCUUGCCUGCAUCGCGACGGGAAUUUACAUUUUCGCGGCCGUCUACUCGCCCGGAGCGGGCCCCGUACCUUUCACGUACUGCGCUGAGGCUUUCCCGCUGCACAUCCGCGACAUCGGAAUGAGCAGCGCCACGGCCGUCACCUGGGGAUUCAAUUUCAUCAUCAGCUUCUCCUGGCCUUCAAUGUCUAAAGCGUUUACCCCGACCGGCGCCUUCCUUUGGUACGCCUGCUGGAACUUGUUCGGCCUCGUCGUCGCUUACUUCUUCCUUCCGGAGACGAAGAGCCUGACUCUCGAGGAGCUCGACAGCGUCUUCUCCGUCCGCAACCGCGACCACGCGAAGUAUUACAUGUCCAAGGCACCCUGGUAUGCAAACAAGUAUCUUUUACGCCGAGACGUAGACCCCUUCCCGGCUCUAUACGAGACGGAAGACAAGGAAAACCACUAUGAUGGGCAACAAAAGGUCACGACUCAACACAGCGAGGGUGCACUGGUUCAAGACGCGUCUAACGAGAAGUGA